AUGUCCAGCCCACUGUCACAGUCGAAGCUGCGCUCAGGCCAGCAGAGCGCAGCCGACAAUACCAUCUUUUCAUAUGAUGACGACCAUGCCUCUCAUUCACCCACACAGCCGCUUACCCCGUCAGCAGGCGAUACCGAGCUACCGUCCUACUCAAACGCAGCCGCCUCAACGCGCACUCCUCUCCCUCUGAAAUCUACCACGUCUUCAAAAGAGGCUCAAUUCGAGGCAGACUCGGAUGAUAUUGACGAGGAAGACGACGUGGUGGCCAUUCAAGCUUCGCAUAUCGGCCUUCGCUCCAACGACGAUCCCAUGUAUACCUCGGUCGCGAGCUCCUCCACCAACUAUGCACACAGGCGCAGCGAUGCUGCUCCUUCGCUCAUAGAUCGCAUUCCAGGCCCAAGCCGUAUCCGUGCCUCUCUGGACGGCCUGGGCCACGACAUUCGCUCCAUACGCCAAUCGUUAGGUGUGCCUGGCUGGGAUGGAGAAGGUAUCCCCGACUGGCUUAAGAGAGGCGCAGGUGUCUUCGACGCCACUGUCAACAUGGCCAAUAGCAUUCUUGGCGCCGGUAUCGUAGGUCUACCCUACUCCAUGCGAGAGUCUGGCUUCGUCGCUGGCCUGGUGCUACUCGUCGGUCUCUCCUUUCUCACAGACUGGACAAUUCGACUCAUCGUCCUCAACGCAAAACUCAGCGGUCGCAUCACCUACAUCGAAAUCAUGGAGCAUUGCUUUGGUCAGAACGGAAAGGCCGCGGUGUCUAUCUUUCAAUUUGCCUUUGGGUUUGGUGGAAUGUGCGCCUUUUGCGUCGUUAUCGGUGACACGAUCCCCCAUGUCAUCAAGAUGAUCUUUCCGUCUUUAUCUGGAAGUUUUCUCGCCAAUCGACAGUUCGUUAUCACCUUCUUCACCCUUGCAAUCUCCUAUCCACUCUCUCUGUACCGUAACAUUGAAAAACUCAGCAAGGCUAGCGCCAUCGCGCUCGUUUCCAUGGUUGUCAUCAUCGUCGCCGUCACGAUCCGAGGCCCUGCUAUGCCCGCCGAGCUCAAGGGAGAUCCCAGCCUUCGCUUCACCAUUGUCAAUGUUUCGAAUCUGGUUCGUUCCAUCUCGGUCAUCAGCUUUGCGUUUGUCUGCCAUCACAACUCACUACUCAUCUACGGUUCACUCAAGGAACCUUCGAUGAACAAGUUUGGUCAGGUCACACACUACUCUACCAUCAUCGCUGCAGCUGCCACCAUCACAAUGAGCGUAGCCGGAUACUGGAGUUUCGAAGAGAAGACCCUCAGCAAUGUUCUUAACAACUUCCCAAACGACGACGUCAUUGUCAAUAUCGCUCGUGGUCUUUUUGGUCUCAACAUGCUCACCACCUUGCCGCUCGAAUGCUUUGUUUGCCGCGAGGUUCUCGAGACCUACUUCUUCGCAGGCGAAUUCGAUCGCAACCGCCAUCUCAUCUUUACCUCGAGUCUCGUCGUAACUGCUAUGAUCAUUUCGCUUUUGACUUGCGAUUUGGGUAUCGUGCUCGAGCUCACUGGUGGUCUCAGUGCAACAGCUUUGGCCUUCAUCUUUCCAAGUCUUUGCUACCUCAAGCUCACCAGCGAGACGGGCAAGCGAGUACCAACUGCGGAUUUGCCUCAUCUUACCAGCUCAUCUUGGCGCGAUCAUGGGGUCAGCAGCGGCAACAGUAGCAGCAACGCAAACCACCAGCAUGGUACACAGCAAGGAGGACAUGAGCACGAGGCGCUCAUUGAUCACCCCAACGUCUCGAUUGAGCGUGGCCAGGAUCCGAUCCGAGCCAAUCAAUACGAUGAUGAGGCGGAAGAGGAGCCAUCCACGCACGACCGUCUGGAGAGAAUGGAGGGCGGUCGAUUGGCUGGGCCUGGGCUCGAUAGCACUAUCAGGGAGUCUGUUGACGUAGAUGAAGUCGAGCUCCCGCUUCGGCCCGGUGCGAGCGUACGAUUCCGACCCGCAGCGGCGAAUCGCAAGUGGUGGCAAUCAACACGCCCGCUCAGUGUGGCGUGCGCCUUCUUCGGCUCGAUCGUUCUCGUCAUCAGCGUAUGGACGGCGAUCUCUGACACGGCCAGUGGUAAAACUGGCGCAGUGCAUCAAUGUUGA